GAGAGACAGUCAAUUAAGACGGUGGACAAAUCCGAAUCCGACCCAAAAGCGAAAGUCUUCGUAGCUUCUUUAUCCCCCUCGCCUUUACUCUUUAACAAUCAUCGCCGACUCUUCAUUCUUCGCUCUCCUCCAAUUUCCAUAAGGUAUUUUGAAAUCGGUGGGUGAAGGAAGAAGAAGAAGAAGAAGAAGAUGUGGGCAGCUUCGUGCCUUGCGUCGUGUUGUGCCGGCUGUGCCUGCAAUUUGUGCCAGUCGGCGGUUUCUAGUAUUAGCCGCCGCUCUGCGAGGAUUGCAUACUGUUUCCUCUUUGCGUUUUCUCUCAUUGCUUCAUGGAUUCUCCGCGACGUCGCGCCGCCUCUACUGGAAAAGAUACCUUGGAUUAAUCAUUUUCAUCAGAUACCUGACAGGGAGUGGUUUGAAACCGAGGCUGUGCUUCGUGUUAGCUUGGGAAACUUUCUGUUCUUCACCAUCCUGUCAGUUGUGAUGAUCGGUGUGAAGAGUCAAAAGGAUCCCCGUGAUAGUAUCCACCAUGGUGGAUGGAUGAUGAAAGUUACUUGCUGGUUUCUUUUGGUGAUCUUCUCAUUGUUUUUCAUACCAAAUGGGAUUAUUAGUUUCUAUGAGACAAUUGCAAAGUUUGGCUCAGGAUUCUUUCUUCUCGUACAAGUUGUGCUUCUGUUGGAUUUUGUCCAUGGAUGGAAUGACAAAUGGGUUGGAUAUGAUGAGCAGUUCUGGUAUGUUGCUCUUUUUGUUGUUUCUCUAGUUUGUUAUCUGGCGACGUUCGUUUUCUCUGGACUUCUUUUCCAUUUGUUCACGCCAUCUGGACAUGACUGCGGGCUGAACACCUUCUUUAUUGUCAUGACUCUGAUAUUCGUCUUCGUGUUUCUUAUAGUGGCACUGCAUCCUACUGUAAGUGGCAGCAUUUUACCCGCGUCAGUUAUAUCUGUGUACUGUACAUACCUCUGCUACAGUGCACUUGCUAGUGAGCCGAGGGACUAUGAGUGCAAUGGUCUUCACAAGCAUUCUAAAGCUGUUUCCACUGGGACUCUUACCUUAGGUCUGCUUACCACUGUUCUAUCUGUGGUUUAUUCUGCUGUGCGUGCUGGAUCUUCCACUACUCUUCUGUCCCCGCCUAGUUCACCUCGUGCAGGUGCUGGAAAACCACUGCUCCCAUUGGAUAAGCCAGAAGAACAUGAAGAAAAUGAGAAAUCCAAGUCUGUGUCGUAUUCAUAUGCCUUCUUCCACAUCAUCUUCUCACUUGCAAGUAUGUACUCGGCAAUGCUUCUGACAGGGUGGUCAACCUCAGUUGGGGAGAGUGGGAAGUUGAUUGACGUGGGGUGGCCGUCCGUCUGGGUGAGGGUCAUGACUAGUUGGGCAACUGCAGGUCUCUACAUCUGGUCCCUUUUGGCUCCUAUUCUGUUCCCUGAGAGGGAAUUUUAAAAUCCUGCCACUACCAACUUAGAGAUAAGAAAAAAAACUUUGCUCACGAUCAAUGCCCGAUCGAGCAUGCUUAUUGUUUGUAAUGUGUAUGCCUCUGCGAUCCUAAAAAAAGAUAACUUUGUGCUCUGUAAAUAAAAUGAUUUGUGUCGACUUUUGGAACAACCAAAUUUGCCCAUUUGAUAUAUUCUGCUUGAA